AUGGAGUCGAUGAUCGAACUCUGCGAUCUGAUCGCACAAAAUCCUUCGCAAUUUGCUGAUAAAUUGGCUUGGAUUUGGGGACGAUGUCCACCAAUUGACUCUUCGUUUGUAAGCGAUUCAAUUGCUUCGUACGAUUUCUUGAGUUACAUGAAUAAAGCCAGUGAGUUGUCCUCGGAUUUUGCCAUUGGCCGUUGCGGAAAUUUUCCUCCAAUUCUUCCUUCCGAUGCAAACAAAUUAGUGUCCAUUGUUCUAGAUGGAUUUGAAAUUUCGGUUCCUAGUUCAUCGAGUCGUUUGGAAACGAUUCAAUCUUUUGAUUUCCUGAGUUAUGUGAAUGAAGCCAGUGAGUUGUCCUCGGAUUUUGCCAUGGCCGUUGCGGAGUCUACGGGAGAGAUUGUGAUGUCGGCGAUUAACAAUGCCGCUGGAGAUUUGGGGGUUUUUCUGUCGCAGAAGUUUCAUCCAAUUCUUCUUUCUAAUGCAAACAGAUUAGUGUCCACUCUUCUAGAUCGAUUUGAAAUUUCGGUUCCUAGUUCACCGAGGGAGCUAGUAUUGAUAACACCUGAAGCGUCAUCGCCUCAGUGUUCGCCACUCAGCCCCCAAAUCUCCUCGUUUCCUGGAUUUUGCCAUUGGCCGUUGCGGAGUAUACGGGAGAGAUUGUGAUGUCGGCGGUUAACAAUGUCAGUGGAGAUUUGGGGGUUUCAAGGUUUUCUUGAAUGCU